GAACGGACUUUUUACCAGCCAAAAUGGCCGUUUAUUUGUUGGCUCUUGGUUCGAUAACGAGUAUCGGUUUAUUGAAGUUAAGUGUUUUUGUCAAUCAAAUGAAACAGAAUUUCUCGAUAUUCAGUAUUAUCGAUAAGGUUAAAUCGAGUUCGAGCGAUGAACGGAAAUUAUUUCUAAACGAAAAGAACGACUUUCGCUUUCGAUACUCGAUUCUAAUUCUCAACUAUUUGUACUAUUUUCUCAGCCGAACGGUUAUCUGUUUGGUGGCCUCUUUUUACUGCACGGUAAUUGUGGCCUAUUAUUCAUCGUUCUUAACGGCGGCCAUUCAAUUAUUCUGGACUCUAUUCGAAGGGGUCUCAGUAUUUCUAGGCCUAAGUUGCUGUCUCUGGGCAACGACUCAUCUAAUAAUGGGCUGGGUCUAUUGCGUUUGUACACUUGACACUUCCAUUGAAAUCGGUCAGAAAGUGACACGACGGUCGGCUGAUUGUAGGGAAUCUUCAUUACGAGCAUUUUAUUAUCGACAAAAUUAUAUUUACAAUAUGAUUCAAACGCUGAAUAAACAGUCCGCUGGACCGAUAACAAUGACUUAUGUAUUGGCCUCCGUUGUUAGUGUUUUCUGUUUCUUUUUCUCGGCCUAUUAUGAUUUCGGUGCUAAAUUUUAUAACAUUGCUUUCAAUACGAUUGCUUUGACCUGUUUCAUAGGAAUCAAUUCCCUCAAUACAACCGGAGCGAGAGUAGUAAUCAAGGUCAAUACGAUCCAUCGGCUAAUCUACAAGUUGAUUCUUUCAGUGCCUCAUCCGUUGGCACUUCGAUUAAAGGCCUUAUCCACAUUGGAUCGACUUUCCCAAGGCCAAAUGGGCUUUUAUAUUGGUCCACUAUUUUGUAUGGAUAAUUAUCACCUUCUUGUGUACAUUUUGGAAGCGAUCAUGUUGUACAUUCUGUUCGUAACCAACAUAACGUUAACUGGAAUUCAAAUGUAAUAAAAGAAACCGACGAAAAACAUUCGAAUAGGAUCCAAAUUUUCUUCUAAGAAAUUCAGAGUUCUAAUAAAUGUACAAGUGAUUUAAAUCAUUCAAUUGGUUCAAAGUAAAAUGAUUACAAGUUCAUUGAUUGAUCAUGAAAUUUGAGGAACAAAUUUUGAUAUAAGUUCUUUGAUCGGAAGUAAAGGCGACUAACAAUCACCGAGGGUUAAACUU